UGAAUGACUGAGAGAAAGCCUUGAGAACCAAAAAAAAAAAAAAACCCCUUAAUUCAGUUUAAGAAGUAAGCUUUUAUUCAUUUUAAUUUUCUUGUACGCCUACCAAGUACCAAGCCUACGCCGCUGUCCUUCAUCUUAUCUUUGUCAAGUUCUCACUCUCAUCUUCUGCCCCUGCUCACCGGAAUUAAGUUUUUAAUGGCGUCAAAUGCCAUGGCUGGUUCAAGCUCUCUUGUGAGUACGAUGAUUGAAACUCAUAUCCCCAAGUCCUUGGGCCUAAGAGACGACACAUAUUUUAGAAGCAGCCAGGUGAAGCCAACACCUUCACGUUACACCCCUUUAACCUCAUUUCAUGUCAAGCCUCGCUCCAUUCAUUCUUCAAUAAGGUGGCCAUAUGAAGUUGGAAACGGUGGAUUAGGAUCCUGUAGAAAGAAGAGCCUUACUCUGAAACGGCAUAGUUCCUUGCUUGGUGGAAGAGUGUUUGAGGGUACUUUUCCAGAACUAGAAAAUUGUAUUUCUUGCUCUUUGAAUAGGCGCAGCUAUCAAACCUGCAUUAAAAGGCCUAUACCAAGACCCUUUUCAGACAAAUCUGCUUUUCAUCUAACAAGACAUUCACUUGAUGCUGUUUCUCGGGCCCGCAUUCCAUAUGCCACUGUUGGUCCAAAUGAGCCACAUGCAGCAAGUACAGCCUCCCCAGAUGGUAUUCUUGAGAGGCAAGAUUUGGAUGUAUUGUACCCCCAACUAAAUCAACAAGAAUUAGUUGGGUUCUUAAAUUCAAAACUUCCAUCUCAUCCGAAGUUAUAUCGAGGAAAACUGAAAAAUGGGAUGCGUUACCUUAUUUUACCAAAUAAAGUUCCACCAAACAGGUUUGAAGCACACAUGGAAGUUCAUGCUGGAUCAAUUGAUGAAGAAGAUGAUGAGCAAGGAAUUGCUCAUAUGAUUGAGCAUGUUGCAUUCCUUGGAAGUAAAAAACGCGAGAAACUUCUUGGCACAGGUGCCCGGUCUAAUGCUUACACUGAUUUCCACCACACAGUGUUCCACAUCCAUUCGCCAACUUGUACAAAGGACUCUGAUGACUUGCUUCCGCUUGUGUUGGAUGCCUUGAAUGAGAUAGCUUUUCACCCUAACUUCCUUGCUUCUCGAGUUGAGAAAGAACGUCGUGCCAUACUGUCAGAGUUACAGAUGAUGAACACAAUUGAAUAUCGUGUUGAUUGCCAGUUGUUACAGCAUUUACAUUCAGAGAACAAGCUGAGCAAAAGGUUCCCAAUUGGAUUGGAAGAGCAGAUCAAGAAGUGGGAUGCUGAUAAGAUUAGGAAAUUCCAUGAGCGUUGGUACUUCCCAGCAAAUGCAACUUUGUACAUAGUGGGAGACAUAGAUAACAUUUCGAAGACAGUUCACCAGAUGGAAGCUGUCUUUGGACAAAAUGUUCUUGAAAGUGAGAAAAGUGUUACACCUACUCCUAGUGCAUUUGGUGCAAUGGCUAAUUUUCUUGUUCCUAAAUUCUCUGUUGGACUGUCUGGAGCUUUACCUCAUGAACGACCAUUAAAUUCUGUUGAUCAGUCAAAAGUCAUGAAAAGGGAAAGACAUGCAGUUCGUCCUCCUGUGAAGCACGAUUGGUCUCUCCCUGGAAGCAUUACAGACGUCAAACCACCUCAGAUUUUUCAACAUGAGAUGCUUCAGAACUUCGCAAUCAACAUGUUCUGUAAGAUUGAAGUUAACAAGGUUCAAACAUAUGGUGACCUGCGUAAUGUACUGAUGAAGAGAAUAUUUCUAUCUGCACUACAUUUCAGGAUUAACACUAGAUAUAAGAGUUCAAAUCCACCAUUCACCUCUAUUGAAUUGGAUCAUAGUGAUUCUGGGAGGGAAGGAUGCACUGUCACAACUCUUACAGUAACUGCAGAGCCCAAGAACUGGCAAAACGCAAUCAAAGUUGCUGUUCAUGAGGUCCGACGACUUAAAGAAUUUGGUGUCACAGAGGGUGAAUUAACUCGCUACAUGGAUGCUUUAUUAAAGGAUAGUGAGCAUCUGGCAGCUAUGAUUGACAAUGUAUCAUCAGUUGACAAUCUAGAAUUUAUCAUGGAGAGUGAUGCACUGGGUCAUACGGUAAUGGAUCAGAUACAAGGCCAUGAGAGUUUGGUUGCUAUUGCUGGAACAGUUACUCUUGAAGAAGUAAAUUCCACGGGUGCAAAGGUGUUAGAAUUUAUUUCUGACUUUGGAAAACAUACUGCACCCCUUCCUGCAGCAAUUGUUGCAUGCGUCCCAAAGAAAAUGCAUGUUGAUGGAGUUGGUGAAACCGAGUUCAAGAUAUCUGCAAGUGAGAUUAUUGCGGCAGUAAAAUCUGGAUUGGAGGAGCCCAUUGAGGCUGAGCCAGAGCUUGAAGUGCCAAAAGAGUUGAUUUCUUCAUCACAGUUAGAGGAAUUGAAAUUGCAGCAGAGGCCAUCCUUUGUUCCUUUAAGUCCUGAAGCAAAUGUCACGAAAAUGCUUGAUGAGGACACAGGGAUCAUGCAAUGUCGCCUUUCUAAUGGAAUUCCUAUCAAUUACAGGAUUUCGAAAAGUGAAGCCCAGGGAGGUGUUAUGCGGCUAAUUGUUAGUGGGGGACGAGCGGUCGAAAGUGCUGCUUCAAGAGGAGCUGUUGUUGUUGGCGUUCGAACUCUUAGUGAGGGAGGCCGUGUUGGCAACUUUUCAAGGGAACAGGUAGAACUCUUUUGCGUGAAUCAUUUAAUUAAUUGCUCCUUGGAGUCCACUGAGGAAUUCAUUUGCAUGGAGUUUCGUUUUACCCUGAGAGACAAUGGGAUGCGAGCAGCUUUCCAGUUGCUUCAUAUGGUGCUUGAGCACAGUGUUUGGCUUGAGGAUGCAUUUGAUAGAGCAAGACAGUUAUAUUUGUCAUAUUACCGGUCCAUUCCCAAGAGCUUAGAAAGGUCAACAGCUCACAAGCUCAUGUUAGCAAUGUUGAAUGGAGAUGAGCGGUUCGUUGAACCUACUCCAAAAUCAUUACAAAAUUUAACGCUGAAAACAGUUAAAGAUGCAGUGAUGAAUCAGUUUAUCGGUGAUAACAUGGAGGUAAGUAUUGUUGGAGACUUCUCAGAAGAGGAAAUUGAAUCUUGUAUUCUAGAUUACCUGGGCACAGUGAGAGCAACAAAAGAAUCUCAGAGAGAGCUUGAAUUUAGUCCUAUAAUGUUUCGACCAACUUCAUCUGAUGUGCAUUCUCAACAAGUAUUUUUGAAGGAUACCGAUGAAAGAGCGUGUGCCUAUAUUGCAGGACCUGCACCCAACCGCUGGGGUUUUGCCGUUGAUGGAAAGGACCUCUUUGAGUCAAUUCGUAAUACAUCGACUGUAGAUGAUACACUGUACAAAUCUGAAGGACAGUUAAUGGAGGGUGAGAUUGUUGACAAGAAAUUACAACGAAAACUUCGCAACCAUCCACUUUUCUUUGGAAUUACAAUGGGUUUGCUGGCUGAGAUUAUAAAUUCGAGGCUAUUCACUACGGUCCGAGAUUCUCUUGGGUUGACAUAUGAUGUAUCAUUUGAAUUAAACCUAUUUGAUAGUCUUAAGCUUGGAUGGUAUGUGAUAUCUGUGACAUCAACCCCAGGCAAGGUGCAUAAAGCUGUCGAUGCAUGCAAGAGUGUUCUUAGAGGUUUGCCUGGAAACAAGAUUGCACAAAGGGAGUUGGACAGGGCGAGGCGGACUCUUUUGAUGAGACAUGAAGCUGAGAUUAAGUCUAAUGCCUAUUGGCUUGGAUUAUUAGCUCACUUGCAAGCUUCUUCUGUGCCGAGGAAGGACAUUUCAUGCAUUAAAGAUCUUAUUUUUCUCUAUGAAGCUGCCACUAUUGAGGAUGUAUACCUUGCAUAUGAACAAUUGAAACUAGAUGAUAAUUCCCUAUAUUCGUGCAUUGGGAUUGCUGGGUCUCAGGCUGAUGACAAAAGUACUGGUGAGGGCAUAGCUUCCUUGGAAGAAGAAGAACUGGAUGGAGGUCUCCAAGGAGUAAUUCCUGUGGGACGUGGUCUAUCUACAAUGACACGGCCAACAACAUGAACCCCCUAAUUCUUACUAUCAGUUUCUUUUAUAGUGGAAAAGGCUUACAAUAAUAGGAGGACAUCGGCAGUGGCAAGUAAGAGCGUCUGCAGCAUAACAACACUUGCCUCUCUCCAUCAGCCUCCUGCCUUGAUGGUGAAUUCUUACUUGAUGUAGCCAGCAUGGAUAGAUAAGGAAAUAGAUGCAUAUUGAUUUUUAAGAUUCAAGGCGCCGGGUCUUCCAUUUUCCCACCAUUACAGGGUCCUGAAGUGCACUCGGAAAGGGCGCUAUUGCUAAACAAAUUGCGUUCUGGAAAAUUGAACUCUGCAUAGGUUCGGCACACUACAUGUAUUUGUCCUUCAUUUAUUGUCAAUAACAUUUGCCGUGUACUGUUGCCUUCCCAUUUUUGAUAUUGGUUAUGUGGUUUGUUAAAUUCUCUGUAAAGAUCCCAUUUUUCUUGGCGUAUGGUUUUUUAAUGUCACUGUCAUAUUCCAGAAGAUUGCCGUAUUUGUGGUGCUGCUA